GGAACAUGUCGCGUGUUUUAUUCGUGCUGCUGGGAUGAUUUGCGUCUUCAGAGGUCGUUUCGAGGCAUCGCAGAGGGUAUUGUGUUGCUAAAUGGAGUCUGAGCAGCUGUUCAACAAAGGCUACGGCAGAAACAGCUACAACAGCAUCACCAGCGCCAGCAGCGACGAAGAGCUCCUCGAUGGUGCCGGCGUCAUCAUGGACUUCCACACCACGGAGGACGACAACCUGCUCGACGGGGACGCGUCUCCAGGGCCGAACUACGCCAUGUCUAAUGGAGGGGGCGGAGCUGGGGCCAGUAUUUCCACCCACCUGCUGGACCUGCUGGAGGAGCCCAUUCCAGGUGUGGGAACCUACGACGACUUCCACACCAUCGACUGGGUCAGAGAGAAGUGCAAAGACCGAGAGCGACACCGCAAGGUUCCCUCAGGAGCGUUAGCCGGAGUGAUCGACAUCGCGGCCGACUGGUUGAACGAUCUGAAGGAGGGCGUGUGUCUCAGUGCCAUGUGGUUUAAUCACGAGCAGUGCUGCUGGGACUCCAACGAGACCACCUUUGCAGAGAGAGACAAGUGUCCUCAGUGGAAGACGUGGGCCGAACUCAUUCUGGGUCAGGCCGAGGGUCCAGGCUCAUAUAUAAUGAACUACUUCAUGUUCACGUUUUGGGCGCUGUCCUUCGCCUUCCUGGCCGUGUCUCUGGUGAAGGUGUUUGCGCCGUACGCCUGCGGCUCUGGAAUACCUGAGAUCAAAACCAUCCUGAGCGGCUUCAUCAUCCGCGGCUAUCUGGGCAAGUGGACGCUGAUGAUAAAGACCAUCACUCUGGUUCUGGCCGUGGCUUCGGGCCUCAGUCUCGGGAAGGAAGGUCCGCUGGUCCACGUGGCCUGUUGCUGCGGCAACAUCUUUUCCUACCUCUUCCCCAAAUACAGCAAAAACGAGGCCAAGAAACGAGAGGUUUUGUCGGCGGCGUCGGCUGCUGGUGUGUCUGUGGCGUUUGGGGCUCCUAUCGGAGGAGUUCUGUUCAGUCUGGAGGAGGUGAGUUAUUACUUCCCUCUGAAGACUCUGUGGCGCUCGUUCUUCGCGGCUCUGGUGGCGGCGUUCGUGCUGCGCUCCAUCAACCCGUUCGGAAACAGUCGUCUGGUGCUGUUUUACGUGGAGUACCACACGCCCUGGUACCUGUUCGAGCUCUUCCCCUUCAUCCUGCUGGGGGUGUUCGGAGGCCUGUGGGGGGCCUUCUUCAUCCGGGCCAACAUCGCCUGGUGCCGCCGCCGCAAGUCCACACGCUUCGGUAAGUACCCGGUGUUGGAGGUGAUCACGGUCGCUGCCAUCACGGCCAUCGUGGCAUUCCCGAACCCGUACACGCGGCAGAACACCAGCGAGCUGAUCAAAGAGCUGUUCACGGACUGCGGGCCGCUGGAGUCAUCUCAGCUCUGCCAGUACCGCAGCCAGAUGAACGGCAGUCAGGCGUAUCCCGCGGGAUCGGACGCCGCCGCCGCCCCCGGCGUCUACUCGGCCAUGUGGCAGCUCAGCCUGGCGCUCGUCUUCAAAAUCAUCAUGACCAUCUUCACCUUUGGACUCAAGGUGCCGUCGGGUCUGUUCAUCCCCAGUAUGGCCAUCGGGGCGAUCGCGGGGCGUAUCGUGGGCAUCGCUGUGGAGCAGCUGGCGUAUUAUCAUCACGACUGGUUCCUGUUCAGAGAGUGGUGUGAGGUGGGCGCCGACUGCAUCACGCCGGGACUCUACGCCAUGGUGGGCGCCGCUGCCUGUCUGGGUGGCGUGACGCGGAUGACCGUGUCUCUGGUGGUCAUCGUGUUCGAGCUGACCGGCGGGCUGGAGUACAUCGUUCCUCUCAUGGCGGCGGUGAUGACCAGCAAAUGGGUCGGUGACGCUUUCGGGAGGGAGGGGAUCUACGAAGCCCACAUCCGUCUGAAUGGAUCCCCCUCCCUGGACGCCAAGGAAGAGUUCCCGCACCCCACGCUGGCGCGGGAAGUGAUGCGUCCGCGGGGUAACGACCCGCCGCUGGCCGUGCUGACGCAGGACGACAUGACGCUCGCCGAGCUGCAGAGCAUCAUCUCCCAAACCAGCUGCAACGGCUUCCCCGUCAUCGUCUCCAAAGAGUCGCAGAGACUGGUGGGCUUCGCGCUGCGCAGGGAUAUAACCAUCGCUAUAGAAAACGCCCGGCGUAAGCAGGAGGGAAUAAUGCUGAACUCGCGGGUCUAUUUUACCCAGCAUGCCCCGACCCUCCCGGCCGACAGCCCGCGGCCGCUGAAGCUGCGCAGCAUCCUGGACAUGAGUCCCUUCACCGUCACCGACCACACGCCCAUGGAGAUCGUGGUGGACAUCUUCCGCAAGCUCGGCCUGCGCCAGUGCCUCGUGACGCACAACGGGAUUUUAUUGGGCAUCAUCACAAAGAAGAAUAUUUUAGAACAUCUGGAAGAGCUCAAGCAGCACGUGGAGCCCUUGGCGCCUCCUUGGUAUUAUUACAAAAAAAGAUAUCCUCCGUCAUAUGGCCCAGAUGGCAAACCAAGACCCCGAGUCCAUAAUGUUCAAUUAGCGUCCUCCCCUUCCCGCUAUGAGGAAGAUGAGAGUGAAGAGGAGGUCUGUUUACUGGACAACUCAUCCCUCUGACCACAUGCCCCUACGGUACCCUGAACCGCCCAAGUACAAAACAAAAAACACUACGCCAGAUGGGACCCCAUCCUCUGGAUACUUGCACAAGACUCCAAAGCGAGUCUUUCGAGGAAGAGCCUGGCUGCUUGAAAAUCGUAAGAAUUUUGGGAGAAGCUCGAGUCCUGGACGUCCCAAGUGGAUGAACUUUCUACAAACGCUAACACACUAAACUAACUCUCACACGCGCAUGCAAAAACACCCAAGACACCUCGCGGGUCCUGCUUAUUUGGCCUCUUAGCCUGAGAAAAUGCAUCCUGAAGAGGUGAAAGGUCAAGAUGAACCGCUCAAAACGCGGGGAGGGACCUUCACCGCUGACCGCCGUGACCCUCACUGCCCCACCACGACCUGAAAUGGACCCAUAACAUUGUUUACUUGUAGUGUGUGAGAGAUACAAGAACGACGGAAAACAAGAUCGUUUUUGAACGCACCCCAACAUUCCAGUCAGGAUCUGAUGCCGUGAAGCCGAAGAAACGUUCAGUGUCCCGGUUCGUAAUGGAUACGUCGCCCCGUGCAAGUGAUUUUUGCGAGCGACCCGUGAGAAUCAAGUAUUCAGCAUUACGAGAUGAUCAAACAUACAAGCGUGGGUUUUGUGCUACCUAGUGAAAGGUUGUUGGGAGGAGAACAGAGUGAAAAUCGUCUUCAUUAAUCGUCUUCAACCUCAACACUACGGCGGCCAGUCUGAACCACAGUGGGAUUGUAGGUAACGAGCCAAACGAGUCUGUCUGACAGGUCUUUAUGAAGUUCUGUGCUUUUCAUUACUGGGAAUGAAAAACCAAGAUGCUUUUCUUUUACAGCUGCUAUAUUGGCUAUUAUAUUUAAAUGUACUAAGCAACUCCUAAUAGUUUGAAAAU